ACACACCCUGCCUACUCUUUCAUUUCAUAGGUAAACCAGGAGCCAGAUGUAUAGGCUCUAGCCCCCUUUCCUUCAUUUUGCAUGUAAGACUCUUCACAAACCUCCUGGUUUCCCUAUGACGUAACUGCGGGUCCCCACCACACCGAUGAAGGAAGGUCGUGAUUCCCGCUCCAGAUCCGCACCAGAAAUUCAGUGCAUUCGUUAAUGUCUCUGUGUUUAUUACUGCCUAAAACGAAAGCCUACAGUUAAGUUGUCUUACCUGACGCGUCCAUCAUUUGUGCUACGAGCGUUUAGCACAAGCCUGCGGCAUCGACAGACAAAAUGUGGAUUUAAAUUCUUGACGGAGGGCGAUAAAACAACGCGUGCUGACUUCAAUCCCGUGGAUAGUUAAUAUGAUGCAUCCACGAGUAUGGAGAGCCCUGUUUUUGAUGUCCGUAUUCUGCCAGCUUGGGUUGGCAGGCAAAUACGGCUGUUUGUUUGAGAAGAGGCUGUGCUCUAGGGAGCAGUUCUGCUCUGAUGACAAACUCUUUGGACAGUGCCGGAGCUCCAGACAUGACCAGGUUCAGUACCAGGUCUCUGUUCCUGUUCUUCAGAGACUGCAGGAAGUGCUCAAAGAGUUGAUGAUUCAGGGAUUCUCCUGGCAGGAUGAAAUCACCCAACACAUCAUUGCAAAGGAGCUGAGCCAUAUUCCUCACACACGCACACAAAAGGUCCAGAAUGCUCAGCCGCCACAGCCUGCAGCUAAGAAGGUCUAUUCUAGCUCUAAUUCUGAACCUGGUCCAGCUCAGAGCUACAUGGAUUACAUGGUCCUAGACCCCCACCAGUCCUCCUCGCUCCGGAUGCAAGCCCUACCAGUGGACCCAUACUCAUACCUACAAGAGGACAUGACCCAUUCUCUCCAUCCUCAUACCAGCAUGGGAUACCAACGACCCCCCUCUCGAGCUGGAGCACAGCAAAGAGACAGAGACCGCCAGCUCCUGGAAGAUGCUGUCUCUCUCUACCUCUCCUCCACACAACCCUCUUUCCGCCACAGGGGGGCAGCAGCCCUCCCUGCCGCCCCAUACUAUGAAGAUCUAGAUUUCCCUUUGGAAUAUGGAGAGGACUACACCCUACAGGAACAGGCCAGCUCAGCCCAGCGCAACAACAAGAAAAUCCCUCAGGACUACAGCUCUCUUGCUGGACUUGAUGAUGAUACACUGGCACAGCUGGCCACACUGUUAAAGAGUUUUGGGGUGGACCCACGGGACCUGAGCCCUCAGCAGAUAAAACGACUUACUCUAGUGUUACAGCUGCUACAAAACAUGGAGAAUGCAGAUCAAUCCCCAGGGACAGUCACGGUAAAAGAGACAAUUGUAGAAGGCAGUGAUAAAGUGACGAAAGGAGCGAAACCCCCCUUACCUGUUUCAGCUCUGCCAUCUACCCCAACAUACCAGCGGGCCCCUACUCAGCCCCCAUCCACACCAGCCCCUGCGACUGUGCCUAAGGAAGACAGUGGGGACACUGUGGGGCCCACCCUGUCAGUAAAAGACCUAGAUAUAAAAGAGAAAAUCACCAACAUCCUGGAAACCGUUAAGGAUGGUACAAACACCAGAGAGGAAUAUGGCUACAUUGUCACUAAUCAGAGUCCUUUAGGUCUUUAUGAUGGGGUGAAACUCUUAGAGAUGCUGGCGGAGAGAAUCCAUCUCUCCACGAGCAGUUUCAUCAACAUUAGCGUGGUGGGCUCGGCCCUGACGUUCAGGAUCCGACAGAACUCUCUUAAUCUCAGCGCAGAGGAUGUGGCCAAUAAAGCCGUAGCUGAGAAGAAUUUCCUUGAGGGUGAGACAGGAUUGAAAAUCAUCCAGACUGGAGUAGGAGAGAGGAGCGAAUGGCGUGGCUUGCCCCAGGCCACACGGGUAGGAGAGGGUUCGCGUGGGGUCGUCCUGACAAUGGUCGCCAUGGCGUGUGUGGGCACGGUGUUGUUAGUUGCCCUGGCGAUUGCCUGUCUCCGGCACCACACCCGUCAGUUAGCCUCUGGCAAAUUGGGACUGGGACCAGAAGCCGGUGCGGAAACCCACUUUGAUUACCAGGAGCUGUGUCGCCAGCACAUGGCAGCCAAGUCAUCGUUCACCCGUCCGGAGCCAGGCGGUCGACGGGGGACCGACACAUCUCGAGUCAGCAGUGUGUCGUCUCAGUUCAGCGAUGGACCGCAGCACAGUCCCAGCUCUCACAGCAGCACACCGUCCUGGAGCGAAGAGCCUGCACAGUCCAACAUGGACAUCUCCACCGGACACAUGAUACUGGCAUAUAUGGAGGACCAUCUGAAGAAUAAGGACCGAUUACGGAAAGAGUGGGAGGCUUUGUGUUCGUACCAGGCUGAGCCGAGCUCUGUCUCUAUCGCCCAGUCUGAAAGCAACAUUGAGAAGAACCGCUAUCCCGACUUUGUGCCCUAUGACCAUUUGAGAGUGAAAAUAAAGGCAGAGGUCAACCCCUCAAAAGAGGACUACAUAAAUGCCAGCACUAUAAUUGAUCAUGAUCCACGUUUACCUGCUUAUAUUGCAACUCAAGGACCUUUACCGCACACUAUUGCUGAUUUCUGGCAGAUGGUAUGGGAGAACGGCUGUACUGUAAUAGUGAUGAUGACCGCUCUAGUGGAGGAUGGAGAGAAACAAUGUGAACGUUACUGGCCUGAUGAAGGAUCAUCUUUAUACAACAUCUAUGAGGUGAACCUGGUAUCUGAACACAUCUGGUGUAAAGACUUCUUGGUUCGUAGUUUCUACCUGAAGAACGUUCAGACUCAGGAGACCCGCACUCUGACCCAGUUUCACUUGCUGAGCUGGCCUGCACAAGGCAUUCCCUCUUCCACACGGCCCCUGCUGGACUUUCGCAGAAAAGUAAACAAGUGCUACAGAGGACGCUCAUGCCCAAUCAUUGUGCACUGCAGCGAUGGUACUGGCAGAACCGGCACCUACAUUCUUAUUGACAUGGUACUUAACCGCAUGGCGAAAGGCGUGAAGGAGAUUGACAUUGCCGCCACACUGGAGCAUAUUCGUGACCAGAGACCUAGUAUGGUACGCACUAAGGACCAGUUUGAGUUCGCCCUGACAGCUGUGGCAGAAGAAGUGAAUGCCAUUCUGAAAGCCCUUCCUCAGUGAGCCACAUCCCACUGUGUUACUAUUACAUCUUUUUCACUUACACUUACCGCUUUUCAUGCACCUCACUCCUUUUCACAAGUCAGAAAUGAAUGUUGUCACUCUUUAAAAGACUGAAAGCUUUCCAUAUGCUGGAAACGCUUUGCAGGGGCCAAAUUCUUCAGUUUCAGGGAGAAAUGGUGGUUUUAAGAGACAUUUGCAUUCCACACAAGCAUCAGAUUUAAAGUGUCCUAAUUUAUGAAAACUGACAGUAUAAUGUUUUUUUUGAUAAAUAUACAUAUAAUGUUUGAUGUUGAAAAAUGCAGGUUUUUUUCUUGAAAUGCUUUCUUUACCAUGGCCAAAAAUGCAAUUCAUGUAUCAAAUGUAGAAACGACAAAAGAACCCAGCAUGUCUCAUGCAGUCAAACAUGAGAACAUAUAUGCACAGUCAUGUCUGAACUGAAGUAAUUGGAAGGUACCUGAAAGGCACCUGUAACAUCUUCUGGUUGCUGUCAAAUCUCUUACGAACAUUUAGUGCUUUCACAUCUUUAAUGUCUAGUGCAGCCUUUAUGUCGUGUGAUCACUGUAAAUAAUUCACAGAGAGCUCUGUUUGUUUAUUCCUGUAGCAAAUGUGUAGAAAAAUAUAAAAACGAGAAAUAUAUGACUAUAAUUUUUAAAUGGUUCUGAAUUAAAUGUGAAUCUGUGUAGCAGCACUG